UAAAUGAAUUUUUGUGUAUCGUAAGCGUUGGUGAUCGAAGGUGUAGAAAGGUAUUGUGUACGGUGCUCUCAGUAUGCUACACAAAUGUCGAACUUAUCACAUUAACAAUAACAACAAUACAGAUACAGCAGAAACCAGUGAUCAAACUUAUCCGGUAUGGAUGAUAUGGAAGAAACGACGGUAUGUUGUAGCAGUAAUGGCUUUCUUUGGGUUUUUUAAUGCAUUUGCAUUAAGAGUCAAUCUUAGCAUAGGGAUAGUCGCGAUGACUGCCAAACACCAAGUCAUUCUAGAAAAUGGUACCACUACAUACGUUAAAGAAUUUGAUUGGGAUUCGAAGGUGCAGGGAUACGUACUUAGUUCCUUUUUCUACGGUUACAUUCUCACUCAAGUCGCCGGUGGUUGGCUGGCUGGAAAAUUUGGCGGAAAGCACGUAUUCGGCAUUGGUAUUGCAGUAACAGCAGCGCUUACCAUCGUGUCCCCAUUCGCCGCCAAGCAAAGUUACUACCUUUUCAUGGCGUUGCGGGUAAUAGAAGGUAUAUUUGAGGGUGUUACGUAUCCGAGCAUACAUGCGGUAUGGGCAGAAUGGGCACCACCACUAGAAAGAAGUCGCCUAGCAGCCAUUGGUUUUUCAGGAAGUUACAUUGGAAACGUUAUUGCGAUGCCUUUGUCCGCGUUAUUAGCGGAUAAGUUGGGAUGGGAGUCGAUAUUUUAUAUUUUUGGAAGUGUAGGCCUACUAUGGUUUGUAUGCUGGUGCACAAUCGUUUCGAAUUCUCCCAAGCAGGAUUCUAAAAUAAGCAAUUCUGAACUUAAAUACAUUCAGGAUUCCUUAGGAGAACAACAAGUCAGUCGAAUAGCUAAGCAUCCUUGGAAGGAGAUUUUCACCUCAUUGCCAGUCUGGGCAAUUAUUUUCACUAAUUUUAGUGAGAACUGGGGCAACUAUACUCUGCUAACUCAACUACCAACGUUUAUGAGAGACGUGCUGCACUUUAACUUGGCAUCGACGGGCAUCAUGUCCGCAAUACCCUAUCUCGUCCUGGCGAUAUCGACUCAAUGCGCUGGACAAAUUGCCGAUUGGUUUCUAGUAAAACGCAUUUUCAAUAUAACUCAGGUUCGAAAGAUCUGUAACUCUGUGGCAUUCCUAGGGCAAGCAGUGUUCAUGUUGCUGGCAGUGUAUGUAUCAUCCCCUUAUGCUAGCGUUAUAUGUCUAGCAUGUGCCUACGCUUUAGCCGGAUUUAUAUGGGCGGGAUUUGGAGUCAACCACUUGGAUAUAGCUCCCCAGCAUGCCAGCGUGUUGAUGGGCAUAGGUAAUACGUUCGGAACUGUCCCUGGAAUAGUUUCCCCUAUCCUAACAGGACAUAUAGUCACAACACAGAGCGUAAAAGAAUGGCAAAUAGUUUUCAUCACAAGCACUUGUAUUUAUAUACUUGGUUUUAUAGUUUAUGUUAUUUUUGCUAGUGGUGAAUUGCAACCGUGGGCCAUACAUACUGAAAGUAAGGAUAAAAACGUCAUUGCAAGUGAGAAACACACGGACUAGCAAAACGACACAUCCAGCUAGUUAAAGUUUUAGAACUGUUCUAUAGUUUACCUGUAUUUAUAAUUCAAAAAUCGCGCCGGUUUUUACUUUGGGGUUAUCUCAAAUCAUUAGUUUUACGUCGAUACACCACUAAAAUCCACGAAUUAAAGAAAUAAAUUCGACGAGUUUUCGGCGAAAUCUAAAUGCAAGUUUGUGAAGCAGUAAUUAACAAUGUUACGAAGAGAGUUUUGGAAUUCCAGCAAAGUAGAAGGCUUAAAAUGCUUAAAAUGGGAAUGCUCGUUGUCCACGUUAAAUGUGUUUUAGUAUACAUUUCUUUUUGUAAUAUAUGAUACCAGCGCGAUUUUUGAAUCAACCAUUAGUGUUGAUCAAAAUAUAAUUUUUUCAAUGA